AUGCGGCUGGAGGCCGGGGCCGGGCCCCACCGCUGCGCCGCCCUGCGCGCCGCGACGGCGGCCGACCUGGUGUGCAACGGCGCGAGCCUGGCGCUGGAUCUCAGCGGGCGGCGCGACGAGGUCCAGAUCCUGUCCGGGUGCUCGUUCUCGAUCGGCAACCUGGUCGCGGACAGCAGCACCGCCACGUUCACCAGGUACAGCCUUGCGCUGGCGGUGCCCGAGGCGCAGGACGUGGGCGCCGCGGUGGAGGUGCCCUGGGCGGCCUGCGCCCCGGAGCUGCCGGGGGGCCUGUCCUGGCCCCUGCGCCUCCGCGUGGACCUGGCGGCGGCGCGCGCCGCCGGGGGCCGCGUUCCGGAGGGCCUGUCGUGCCGUCGGUGA